AUGGAAGGAGAAUAUCAUUUUGCAUGGCUGAGCCUCGUCGUUGCAGCAGGAAUUGGCUUUGUACUUGGACUAAUGAUACACUCCUUUAUAGUCGUUGUGAACGUUAUGGACUGGUUGAAAGGAAGACCUGUGCCCUCGUCUGAGCGGGUUAUCGCCUCCAUCGGAAUUUCAAGAUUUGUGUUUCAGUCUGCUUGUCUCUUCGACAUGUUUUUUGCAAUUUUCCUUAAUAAUAACUACAUACAAUUUUGCCUGAAUAUCAUGAAGGUCAUGUCCAACUACAGCAGCAUCUGGUUGACUACUUUGCUCUCCGUGAUUUUCUGCACGAAGAUCACCAACUUCCAAAAUGCCUUCUUCCUGAAGCUGAAAACCAUUGUGUCUCAGAAAGAUGUCCAUUUCGUUGCUGGUUCUGUAGCGCUGUCCAUCUUCUAUGGUGUCCUGCAUGCCUUGCUUAACUGCACUGCAGUCCUAACAAACACAACACAAGCCUCUUCAGUCGCAGGAACAAGUAACGUGCAGAUAAAACUGAAACAUUUCAUCUAUUUUCUUUUGGGGAACAUCGUGCCGUUCCUCAUAUAUUUCACCUCAUCGUUUAUGGUGAUCUUCUUCUUGUGCUUCCACAUGAUCAAGAUAAAAACUUGUAGUACCUCCUCGAUCAGUUUAGAUAAUUAUUACACUGCUCUGAAAUCUAUGUUAUGCUGCGUUUUAUGUUAUGCCUUUCAUGUUGGCAGCAAUUUAAUUGCAUUUUACUUUAUUGAUUCUCUUUCUGAUGUAUGGAUCAAUGUAAUUUUGAAUAUUUUCCCUGCUCUGCACUCUGUGAUCCUGAUCUACAAAACACCCAAGCUGAAGACUCGGUUUUUAAGGUUGCUCUUGCAUUGA